AUGAGUUUCUCAAUUCUAGCCCGCACAAUUGCGCGUCGCGCGCCGACUGCGAUGACCUCGUUGAGAGCAUCGGCGAGCAGCAGCAGCAGCAGCAACUUCAUAACCAACAUGCAGCGACUCGCCACGCCGUCAUCGCUGACGGCCGCUGCGCUCGCGCGAUCGUACGCGACUGCCGGGAAAACACCGAAAAACGAUAAACCUACGGCUUCUGGGAGCAAACCGAGGCCUGAUAUCAAGGUUGACUCGAUUCUGAGCCAGGAAAUGGUCGACGAGAUGGCUGGUGCGAAGGCCGGCGAGAGCAGCGCGGAAGGUGGUGCGAAGGCCGAGCAAGAAGCAGCGUCGGAGGGUGGCGAGGGCGCGGAGAAGCCUAGCUAUGCUGGAACGGCGAAGAGAGCUGAUUACCAGGCGAAUAGGGACAAGGUGCGGACGAAGCGCUUGGUUUGGGGAUUCCUCACCGGUGGACUGUUUGGCGGCGUCACAAUCAUGUAUCUCUGCCGGAACUGGGACGACGAGGAGUACUAUGCUCACCGGGAUAUCCCCAACGGCUACAGCCCGGACUUGAUGUACAAGCGAUUCCGCGCGCGAUAUGAUGGACUUGCGAAUUACUACGCUGGUCCGGCUAUCGAGCCCGAGCUUCCAGAGAUGCCAAAGGAUGAAAACAUGCCUCUUCCGCGCAUGACUCUGAUCGUCGGUGUCGAGGAUCUGCUCGUGCACUCCGAGUGGACCCGCAAGGACGGCUGGAAGACCUACAUGCGCCCUGGCUGGGACUACUUUUUGAUGUACCUCUCGCAGUACUACGAGAUCGUUUUGUUUUCCUCUGAAUCCAUGAACUUUGCCGAACGCAUGGUCAUGAAGCUUGAUCCCUACCACGCCUACCUGACGCACGCUUUCUUCCGCGAGUCGACCUCGUACAUUGAUGGCAAGCUCGUGAAGGAUAUCUCGAACCUGAACCGUGAUCUCGGAAAAGUGAUUAUGCUCGACGUCGAGCCGGACGCGUACUCGAAGCAGCCGCACAACGCGAUCCCGGUCAAGAAGUGGACGGGCGAGAAGGACGACAGAGAGCUUGUGAAGCUGAUCCCGAUGCUUGAGUACAUCGCCGUGAGCAUGCCAAAGGACGUGCGCAAGGUCCUGCAGACUUUCGAGGGCACCGAUGACUACGCGGCCGAGUACCUCCGUCGCGAGAAGGAGCACCGCGCAAAGAUCUACAAGCGAUGGGAGGAGCAGAAGGAAACUGCCACGCCGCUCAAGUACGUCGCCAAGCUGUUUGGAUUGGCGGUGCCUGCUGCGGACAAGCCUGUUAUUUUCCAGGAUAUCAUCCGACAGGACGGCAUCCGCACGUACGAGAGCUUGAAGAGGUUCUUGGACGAGAACGGAGAGAAGAUGCUCGAGGAGGAGAAGCAGAAGGAGAAGGAGUUUUUGGCCUCGCAGAACUUUACUCUUGGAACCGUUCUCCAGGGUGUUGUUGACCCUAGCACUUCGCCCGCAGCGCAGGCUGCACAGGCUGCUCAAGCUGCUCAAGCUGCGGCAGCUGCGCCGGCCAAGUAA